CCUCAGAAAACAUAACUGACAAACUAAACAAUUUACGAAAGAUACUUUUGUUAUAAAAUUUAUUACUUUGUAGUGUACAUACACAAUGUAAUAACUUUUUAGUUAAAUUUUAUUUCAUUUAUGUGUUAUUGUGUACAGUUUAACUGUUAUAUCCUUAACUUAAAACAUUCAAAAAGUAUAACAAUGUCGGGUGCAAGUACAAGCACAACUUCCCAAAGUCCUCCGGCAAUUGCCUCAAUAAACGAUGUCAGUGCUUUAUUUCAAACCGCGAAGAAGUAUGAAGAACUAAAUGUAAUAGGAACAGGUGCCUAUGGUACAGUAUAUAAAGCCAGAGAUCUACACAAUGGAGGUCAGAUUGUGGCCAUGAAGAAGGUCAAAGUAGCGCUCACAGAAGAUGGUAUACCUCUGUCUACAUUGAGAGAAAUUGCUUUAUUGAGACAAUUAGAAGCUUAUAGACAUCCUAACAUAGUUCGACUGCUAGAUGUGUGUCAUGGUGGUCAGUCAGUGGACCGUGAACAUCAGUUGGUGCUGUUCUUAGUCUUCGAGCAUGUAGAACAGGACUUGGAGUCAUAUUUGAAGAAAGCGCCAGGACCUCUAGCUGAGAACAGAAUAAGGAGUAUGUCCUACGAUAUACUAUGUGGUGUCGACUUCCUUCAUUCCCACCGCAUCGUGCAUAGAGACCUGAAGCCACAUAACUUGCUGGUGACAGCCGCAGGUCGAGUUAAACUGGCUGAUUUUGGGCUCGCAAAGACUUAUGAUACAGAGAUGAAGCUCACCAGUGUUGUGGUGACCCUAUGGUACCGUCCCCCGGAGGUGCUGCUGGGCGUGUCGUAUAACACUGCUGUCGACGUGUGGUCGUGCGGCUGCGUGCUGGCGCAGCUGCACACCAGGUCCCCACUGCUGCCGGGAUCUUCGGACUCUGAUCAACUGCAUUGUAUAUUCAGGUAAGUGAAGUACGGGCGCUAAUG